UCACAGUUGUGUUGGGCUGGAUAUUUGUCCCUAUUUACAUCAAGGCUGGGGUGGUGACAAUGCCAGAGUACCUUCGGAAGAGAUUUGGAGGCAAGCGGAUCCAAGUCUACCUCUCUGUUCUCUCCUUGAUGCUCUACAUUUUCACUAAAAUCUCGGCAGACAUCUUCUCUGGCGCCAUAUUUAUCAACUUGGCUUUGGGCCUCAAUCUGUACCUGGCUAUCUUUCUCUUAUUGGCUAUCACCGCCCUUUACACAAUCACUGGGGGUCUGGCAGCUGUGAUUUACACAGAUACCUUGCAGACAGCAAUCAUGCUGGUGGGGUCUUUCAUCCUGACUGGUUUUGCUUUUUAUGAAGUGGGGGGCUAUGAGUCUUUCAUGACCAGGUACAUGACAGCCAUUCCAUCUGUGACUUCUUAUGGAAACAUCACCAUCAAGGAAGAAUGCUACACCCCCAGGCCAGAUUCCUUCCACAUCUUCCGAAAUCCCCUCACGGGGGACCUACCAUGGCCUGGGCUCAUCUUUGGGCUGUCCAUUCUUGCCCUGUGGUACUGGUGCACAGAUCAGGUCAUUGUCCAGCGCUGUCUCUCAGCAAAAAAUAUGUCUCAUGUGAAGGCUGGUUGCAUCAUGUGUGGGUACCUGAAACUGCUGCCCAUGUUCCUCAUGGUGAUGCCAGGGAUGAUCAGCCGUAUUCUGUAUACAGAUCGUGUUGCCUGCACUGUUCCCUCAGAAUGUGAAAGUUAUUGCAAUACCAAGGUUGGCUGCUCCAACAUUGCCUAUCCAACUUUGGUGGUAAAACUCAUGCCAAAUGGACUUCGAGGCUUGAUGCUGUCGGUUAUGUUGGCCUCUCUCAUGAGCUCCCUGACUUCCAUCUUCAACAGCGCCAGUACCCUCUUCACCAUGGACAUCUACACCAAGAUUCGGAAGGGAGCUUCUGAGAAAGAGCUCAUGGUUGCGGGAAGGUUAUUCAUCCUGGUUCUUAUUGGCAUCAGCAUCGCUUGGGUGCCCAUUGUACAAUCAGCACAAAGUGGACAGCUUUUCGAUUAUAUACAGUCCAUCACCAGUUACUUGGGACCACCCAUUGCAGCUGUCUUUCUGCUUGCCAUCUUCUGCAAGAGAGUGAACGAACAGGGAGCCUUUUGGGGACUGAUCAUAGGAUUUCUGAUUGGUGUGUCCCGUAUGAUUGCUGAAUUUGCCUAUGGUACAGGGAGCUGCAUGGAACCCAGCAACUGCCCCAAGAUUAUUUGUGGUGUGCAUUACCUGUACUUUGCCAUAAUCCUCUUUUCCAUUUCUAUCAUCAUCAUCUUGGUCGUGUCCCUUCUCACCAAGCCCAUUCCAGAUGUGCAUCUUUAUCGCCUAUGUUGGAGCCUGCGUAACAGCAAAGAGGAGCGCAUUGACUUAGAUGAAGAAGAGGAGGAUACCCAAGAAGCCCCAGAAGAGACGAUUGAAAUUGACACAGAAGUUUCUGAGGAGAAAAGAGGAUGCUGCAAGCGGACCUAUGAUAUGUUUUGUGGCUUGGACCAGCAGAAGGGUCCCAAAUUGACAAAGGAAGAGGAGAAAGCCUUGAAGAUGAAACUGACUGACACCUCUGAGAAACCUUUGUGGCGGACAAUAGUGAACAUCAAUGGCAUCAUCCUGCUGGCUGUGGCUGUCUUCUGCCAUGCAUAUUUCGCCUGA